GUUAAUACAUUCAAUGAGAAGAGAAAUGAAGUCUUCUCUAUUUCAGGGACAAUUUCCACAACUGUACUUGUCACACGAUCAAGAUGUUUCAGGGAAGUUACAACACAUUAAUAUUUCUUCUACUAGUCUUUAUUUUAGAUGCAGAUGUGCUCUCCGAGGUAAUAUCUAGUGGAUCCAGAAACAUCUCAAGGGAAGCAUGUAUGAUUCCAGCAUCGAAAGACCACUAUUAUGUUUCCUUUGAUGAAUCCAGACCCCUCCAUUCGGGAACAGAUAAGGUAGAAGGAGAUGGACAAACGGCUGUGAAAGUGAAAUGUUUCAGUUCCCUAAAACACAUUACAGAUGAUGUAGUAAUUUGUUUCGAUGGACAAUGGUACCCAGCCGAUCAUGGAUGUGAGGCAAAAGUCUGCAAACCGGUUCAUAACACUACCACAACAAAUUACACCUGUACCUCUCCAGAAGGCAGGGAAAUUAGUUGCGCUGUACCGGUUCCAAUAAACUCCCAGAUCACAAUUCACUGUGCACACUGGAGAUUCACCAAUCCGAACCUAGAAAAUAACACAAAAUUAUGUUUGGACGGUGGUUGGCAAGAGUGGAAACCAUGUGAACCAACAUGUGGGAGGGUGAAACCUUUCACGGAUUUCAUCCAAAUUCCAAAGAUUGAGAGAGAAUUGUAUCUCAACCCUUGGCAUGUUAUAAUCUAUCGUUUAGUGGACAAAAGAUGGACUCAAAAGUGUGUAGGUACCAUCCUGAGUAGUCUUACAAUCAUCACAGCCAGUGUAUGUUUCGAUCCAGAGGGGAAAUCGAUAGAUGAGAGGACAGUUAAGGUUGCUGCAGGUCAGUUUCACGAUUUCAAAACUGCACAAUCUUUAUCCCACAUCUAUGAUGUUCAUAGGAUCUCCAUUGAGACUUCUGACUCUUCUUCGAUUGCCAUGGUAUACACUGAGACCCAUAUCCAGUUCAAUGACACGGUUGGUGAUGUUUGUUACUACUACGAUAAAACUUUGAAUCCUGCAAAGGAAUUCGGUUUGCAGAUGGCAGUCUUGAUAGAGAACACUAACACAGGAACCAUUGUGAAGGACACAGAGUUGAUGAAUUAUUCACAAUGUCCAUCCUCAACGACCAGUAAAUUCAACAAAAAUUCAAUACUAUCAAUUUUUGAUAAUUUCUUCAAGCCUAUUGAUCAGAUAUGUGCGGAGUUUAGGAGUGGCAGAAAGUUUGACCCCAGAGACAUUGGAGCAGGACUUGUGUUCCAGAAACCGGGUAAACGUGCAGAGUUCUAUUUGAAAGGGGUGCUUUGUGGUUCAAGUGAAAAUGGUAAAGUUCUAAAUUUUUUGGACACUUCAAACAUGGAUAGGGAGCAAAUGAUUCAUAAGUUUGUGGAAAUGGGUCUGGGUUUACAACAUAUGUUUAAAAUGUCGAAGAAAUUGUUGUCGAUAUUGCCAUGAUUGGGUUAGAUCAUAGAGAAUAUAUAGUUGAAGAAGAUAUUGCCAAAAAUCACAUACAAAUACUUGUAGAAUAUAAUCAUUAGAGUUAUGCGAUAUACAAUGACCUACAAAUGGACAUUGAUUGUAACUUGCACAACAAUAAUUAUCAAUGUAAUAUUCGGCACUGCCAACAUAAGAUUUCUUGUGUGUAUUUAUAUGUGCCAAGGUAUAGGGCGUUUAUGUUCCAAAUUUCACUGGUGACUCAAGCCGAUAGUUCUAUUAUUAAUUUUUCGUGGAACUAUGUGACGCUGGUAGUCUCUCACACUGUGCCGUUCUUACACUCUCACCCCCAAAAAACAGUAAUAAUGAACAGUAGUCAAAAGUAAUCAGCUUAAGCUAAAAAAAAUCGGCUUGAAAUUUGGAACAUAAACUGUUCAUACCAUGAGAUAUCCACGUCAUUAUUGAGUUAGAUGGACUGCCUCAAUUGAAUUCACUCAGAAAUAUUAUUGAUACAGAAUUGAUCAAUUGAAUGAAAUUACGAUGGAAAAUAGA